AUGGCAUUUCUUCAGGUCCUCACGACUGGUGUUGUCGUGGCUCUUCUUUGGGUCGUGACCGAGUCAAUCCGCCGCCUUUUCUUUCACCCUCUAUCCCACAUUCCAGGCCCCCGCCUUGCCGCCCUGACCUGGUGGUACGAAUUCUACUACGAUGUCGUUCUUCCUGGCAAGUAUGUUUUCAGGAUCCAAGAAUUGCAUCGUGAAUAUGGGCCCAUUCUCCGCAUUACCCCAGAGGAAAUUCAUAUCAACGACGUUGGCUUCUUGGACACGGUAUAUAGUGGUUUGAGAGACAAAUACGAGUAUCCAUUACGGGCCCUGCGAGUGCCUGGAGGAGUAGGCACCACAGCAGAUGCUAAGCUCCACAAGUUGCGCCGCGAAGCUCUCGUGCCCUUCUUCAGCAAACGUAACGUUCUAUCCCUAGAGCAUCUGGUGACAGAAAAGGUCGAACAGCUAUCUGAGAUCAUCGCGAAGCACGCCAGAGAAGCGUCGCAAGCCAAUCUAUCUGACCUCUUUUUGCGUUCUCCAACGACAAGUGUCGUGACCAACUUUUUGUUUGCCCACAAAAUGAAUGCCUUGGCAGAUGAGAGGCAGGCAGGGAUAUCUCGGAAUAAUAGCAGGCAACUUCUCCUGGGCGUCCAUGUUAAUAAGCAUUUUCCUUGGAUCCCAGACUUCCUUGAAGCACUUCCGACCUCUAUCAGCAGGCCCUUGAUGCCCCUGGGUCUCAUUGAUAUGUUCAACCUGUUUGAUAGAGUUCGCGGCGAAAUUUCUGGUAUCAUGAGAGCGCAGUCAUCUGGGGCUGAUAGGAAGAGCGGGCCAAGUCCGACCGGCAAAGAAGCCGUCUACGAGUCUGUCCUGGUCAAUGAGUCCCUUCCACCCCAAGAAAGAACUUUGGCCCGAUUGGAGCAAGAAGGCGCCCUCCUCGCCCUGGCUGGAACCGAAUCCCCAGCCCUAUCCCUCAGCAUAAUUUUCUAUCACCUGCUUGCCAACCCUGACAUUCUGAACAGACUUCGCGCUGAGCUCGAAACAGUCCCAGUCGACGCCUCGUGGUCCCAACUAGAAAAGCUUCCUUACCUCAUGGCCGUAAUUGAAGAAGGUAACCGUCUUUCAUUUGGUGUGACAGCGCGCAUUGGUCGUCGUGCAUAUGAAGAGCUAAUUUUCACUCCGUCGUCUUAUGCCACCACUCCUGGUACCGGAAAAUCCUACAAAAUCCCUGCGCGCACGCCAAUGAGCAUCUCCACGCUCAGUGCACACACCGCACAAUCCGUCUUUCCGGAUCCAUUUACCUUCGACCCUGAACGCUGGCUAGGUGAGGCUGGUCAGGAGCGCAAGCGGUUUCAAAUGGCGUUUACCAAAGGAAGCCGUAAAUGCCUAGGAAUCGAGCUUGCCAAUGCCGAGCUCUGCUUGGUUAUUCGGUCUUUAAUUCGCCCAUUCGAAAUGACCCUUUAUGAGACCGAUGCCACAGAUGUCUCCUUCGAGCACGACUAUCAAAUCGCGAUGCCGAAGAUGGGAUCCGAAGGAGUCAGGGCAACUGUCAAGUUCAGAGUCCAGCAUACCUGUUAG